AUGUCAAAGUUUUUCCAACGUGGAAGUUCGGAUUCCGAGUCCGAAUCUAGCGAUGACGAGGUGCAGGAGCUUAAAACAAAAACUAAAACCGACUUCCGCGAUGACCUCGAUUUCAUGGCUGAAGGAGAGGACGACCAAAAAAGAGUUGUUCGUGCCCAGAAAGACAAAAAGUUUGAUGAAUUGAAAACAAUUAUCAAGCAAAACAGAGAUGCUCGUGGAAAUAAAGAUCUUAAUAAACUUCUUACUGGUUUUGAUUCUCUCAUAAAAUCUUUUGACAAAUCAAAGGCUGUUUUUCAACGUCAAAACGUUGGAACUCCUCGAUUUUAUAUCAGAUCUAUAGUCGAGAUAGAAGAUUAUGUGAAUGCAUUGUGGGAAGACAAGGAAGCAAGAGCUGCUCUCUCCAAAAACAACGCUAAGGCACUUCCAGCCCUUCGUCAAAGAGUGAAGAAGUACGUCAAAGAACUUGCCAAUGUGGUAGCCGAUUACCGUUCCAAUCCUGAUGAGGAUGGUUAUGAAACUCCCGAGGAAGAGAGCGAUGAUUCGGAUACUGAUGGCAUGAGCGACUCUAGCUGGUCGUCUGAACCUGAUACUUCCGGAAGCGACUCUGAUGAGGAUGACGUCACAAAGAUGGAGCAACUUCGCCGUUAUUUCCUCAAGAAAGAAUUUAGAAAUAAGGAAGAUGGAAAGAGUGAAAAGAAGGAGAAGAAAGGACGAGCUCCGCGUAAGGGUCCGAAGCAGGUUGCCGAGGAUGAUGAUGACGAUGAUUGGACGCCAGUUACUCGUGAAAAGACUGUUGUUCUCUUCGAUCCAAAGGAGGAGGUCACUCAUGAUGUGAUGAUCAAGAAAUUGAACGAAAUCCUUGCUGUGCGUGGUCGUAUCAACACUGAUAGAAACAACUACGUGUCGAACCUUGAAAAGAUUCUUGAAGUCGCCGUUGAGAAACAACUCGGUGAUGGAAUUUGGGUGAAGAUCACUUUUUGCAUCAUUUCUGCUCUUUUCGAACUUAACACAAAGAUAAACGACUAUAUGCAAUAUGAAGUUUUCAUGAAGACGUUGUCGACUAUUAAUGGACUUCUCGAUGUCCUUAUUGCCAAGGAUAACAUCAAGCUAUCGGUCAACUAUGCGGAAGAGGAUGAGAAUCUUAAAGAUGAAACCAAAGAUUACAAGAUUCAAGGCAGCGUGCUUGUUGCCAUUCAAAGAUUGGACACUGAACUCGCAAAGAUUCUUCAAAACGCCGAUUGUCACUCUAAUGAUUAUAUCGAGAAACUUCGCGCUGAAAAGGAUAUGUGUCUUUUGAUCGAGAAGGCUGAGAAGUUCGUCGAUUUGCGCAACUCUGAGAAUCUCUUCGAUAAGCAGGAGGUUGCUAAGCUCUACAUGAUGAGAAUCGAGCAUCUUUACUACAAAUACAAAGAUCAAUGCGACUACGAUGGAGACGUUGGACAAAAGAUGGAUUAUUUGUGCAAAAAAAUCUACGCAACUGAUGACGAAAAACGCCUCAGACAACGUGCUAUGCUCUGCCAUGUGUAUUGGCUUGCUCUCCAUGACGAAUGGCAUCGUGCUAGAGAUUUACUCCUCAUGAGUCAUAUGCAAGCCAUUGUUGAUCAUUCUGAUGCUGAUACUCAGAUUCUUUACAAUCGAACUAUUUGCCAACUUGGUCUUUGCGCUUUCCGUCAAGGAUUCAUUAGAGAAGCACAUCAAGGUCUUUCUGAAAUUCAGAAUACCCAACGCGCCAAAGAACUUCUUGCUCAAGCUGUUGGAAUGCGCCAAUAUGAGAAGACUCCGGAGCAGGAACGUUUGGAGCGAUCUCGUCAAAUUCCAUAUCACAUGCAUAUCAAUGUUGAACUUAUGGAAUGCGUGUAUUUGAUUUGCUCGAUGCUUCUUGAAAUUCCGCACAUGGCCAGCUGCGAGUUUGAAAUGCGCCGAAGAAUGUUGAGCAGAAGCUUCCACUAUCAAUUGAAGCAGAGCGAAAAGGCUUCGCUCACUGGACCCCCCGAGAACACUCGUGAACACGUGGUUGCUGCUUCGAAGGCCAUGCUUGGAGGAGAUUGGAAGAAGUGCCGUGACUACAUUGUGAAUGAUAAAAUGAACCAAAAGGUUUGGAACUUGUUCUAUCAUCCGGAACCAGUAAAGGAGAUGGUUGUUAGAAGAAUUCAAGAGGAGUCGUUGAGAACGUAUCUUCUUACUUAUUCUACUGUCUACUCAACGGUUUCUCUAAAUAAGCUUUCCGCUUUAUUCGAGCUUACCAAGAAGGAUGUUCAUAGUAUCAUCAGCAAGAUGAUUAUCCAGGAAGAACUUUCUGCAACUCUUGAUGAGCCUACUGAAUGCCUGAUUAUGCACCGUGUUGAACCGUCGAGACUUCAAAUGCUCGCUCUCAACUUGUCCGAUAAACUCCAAUCGCUGGCUGAGAACAAUGAGCAAAUUCUUGAGCCGAGAACUGGACGUGGUGGCUAUUCUGGACCUGGUUCGUGGUUUCCAGGAAGGAACGAGCGCCAAGGAGACAAACAGAAAGGAUCUGGAAGCUACCAAGGAGACCGACGAGGAGGAGCCGGAGCUGACCGAAAGGGAGGAGCUUGGGGUGGCGCUGGCAAUCAGCAACGUCGGCAUACUCAAAAGGCUCGCGCUUUCUAG